AUGUUCUCUCGUGCUGUUCGUCCGGCCGUGAGGGCCGGCAGUGCUGCUGUGACCCGCGCUGCGCCUCCCAAUGCCGCCAACUUCGCGACCCUGCGUGAAAUCGAGGGCCGUCUCAAGUCCAUCAAGAACAUUGAAAAGAUCACCAACACCAUGAAGGUCAUUGCCUCGACCCGUCUCACCCGCGCCCAGAAGGCUAUGGGUGACUCCCGGAACUACGGUCAGACCUCCAACACCGUUUUCGAGCAGGCCGAGACCAAGCCUCUUGACGACAAGAAGACUCUGCUCGUUGUCGCCAGCUCCGACAAGGGGCUUUGCGGUGGUAUCCACUCCGGUCUGAGCAAGGCCACCCGCCGUGUCCUCCAGGAGUACCCCAACUCCGACAUCGUCGUUCUCGGCGAGAAGGCCAAGGCCCAGCUGUCCCGUACCAACGCCAGCUCUCUGGUUCUGAGCUUCGCCAACGUCUGCAAGGACAUCCCUACCUUCGCUGAUGCCCAGGCUGUUGCCGACCAGAUCGCUCUGCUGCCCACCGACUACGCCAGCGUUAAGAUCAUCUACAACAAGUUCCUCAACGCUCAGAGCUACGAGCCUACCACCGUCGAGGCCUACUCCGAGGAGGCUAUCACCAGCUCCGGUUAG